AUGCAACUCAAACUCGCAGCCAUAUGCAUGGCCCUCGCAGCCACCUCCGCAAACGCUCAAAUCGAAGAUCCAGAGCACCCGUACAUCCCGCCAACAGCCUCCGACCGCCGCUCACCCUGUCCGGCCCUGAACAUUCUUGCCAACCACGGCUACAUCAACCGCAAUGGGUCAUUCAUCACAGAAGAGAGCGCCACAGUCGCACAGAUGCAAGCCUUCAACUUCUCGCGUGCCGUCGCGGCCGGCCCCGUCCCUGCCGCUCUCAAAUACGCCACGACCGGCGUGAAUGGGACAUUCCACCUUGACGACCUCGCUCAGAAGCCCCUCGACCAUGAUGGCAGUCUGAGUCGCGGGGAUCUCGCCUUAGGUGACAAUCUGAAAUUCAAUCGAACCAUCUGGGACACCGUCGUGGCAAGGUUGCCGGAUGAGUACGUCACCUGGAAGCAGGCGGCUGAGGCGGGAGCAGCGAGGUUGGAGGAUGCGAGGAAAGAGAACCCGCAGUUCGAGCUUGAUGCGGCGGGGAUCCAGGCUACUUUUGACCAGAUGAGUGGUAUUCUGGCGGCUUUCGGAGGUAGCGUUGAGGAUGGAAAAGCGAGGAGGGAUUGGAUUAAUGCUAGCUUCGUGGAGGAGAGGCUACAAUGGUCUCUAGGGUGGAAGACGUCCGGGAAGGUUUUGGCUGGGGCUGACUUUGCCCCUAUGGCAACAGCUUUGAAAGAGUAUGCGCCUGGUGGUGUGUGA